CAGUACAGGACUGGGGCAGCAGGUGUGCCUACCCUUGGGUUAAUGGAGGGGGCCCUCUGACCCCCUUGGCCGGCCUUGCCUGGCCAUCAGCCCCCCUUCUAUCUCUAGGUGCUUUUCAGACCAGGUCAGGGAGGAAUGCCUGACACUGGGGGUCUCCCUGGGAGAAAACACCACACUUCUCAGGGAGCCGCAACUCAGGCCCUGAGCUGAGCUCAGCUUCAGCCAAGGACCAGAGAAGGCGUUCAAGUGACAUGGUUCUCAGUCCCUAAGCACAUUCCCCUUUGCUGCUGGCCACCAGUCUUCCCCAGAGCAUCAGGCCCCGAGCCCCAACCGCAGGCCCAGCACCGCCCCUGCCCAGCUGGCACUCAGCUCCCUCAUGUAGUAGUGAAGGGUGACAUGAGACCUACCUGACGGGAACGAUCUGAGGACAGAGCACGAUAGACUCAAGAGAAGGCAGCAGACGCAGGCGCUACUGUUACCCAGGCCACGGCUCUCAGCGUCCCCACGUGAGCUUCCCGAGACACUCACUGAUCCUGCUGCCCCGGUCUCGGGGGCACUGCCAGCUGCACUUUGCACUCCGGUGACCUCAAGCACUUUCAUGGCUGCCCUCCAGGAGGGCAGGCCAGCGGUUCUGCGUGAGCACACAAGCAGGCCAGGACAUGGGGGGAAGGGACUCAGCUCUUGACCCUUCUCCAUGCAUGUGACCCCUCAAACCUCCUUCAGGUUUCUUUAAGGUGAGCACCCCCUACCAUCACCCGGCCCAGCCUCUUCUUUCCGGGGGAGCUGAUCAGCACUCAUGUAGCAUUAAUCAACUGUGAAUCGUUGUGGGGUGAGGGGAUGUCCCCUGAGAUUCCAUCUGGGGAGAAGCUCAUCCCCACAUUUUGCCAAGGUGGCCUCUGCCCAGCUCUCCACAUUGAGCCAUGCUGCUCCCCAGGGAGAGACCCCCGGCCCCCGUACAUGAAGAACUGCAGCCUUGGUCCUGCAGAGUUGAGAGGGAAGAGAGCAACUCGUGGGCAAUAAAGUUGGAGGUAAUGAUAAGUGUGUUUAGGCCACGGUUGUCUCCACUCGCGCCUCCCUGUGUGCUGAACCUCACGUCCUAACAGUAGCCUCCUUGUGCCUUCUUCGUGGGAUCUUGUCAAGUCUUGCCCCGUAGGUAAGGACUGUUUUCAGCCCUUGAAUGGGGCUGCUUUUCCCACCACUUCUCCCAGUUGGUGCUUCCAGUUCCACCUCUGAGCUAUCCAUUCAGACCAGUUAGGCAAGAUCCCCCACCCAGUGGCAGCUGGGAAGUCCCUGGCAGAACACUGCCAGGCUGAGGGGAGGAGGAGGAGGAUGUCUAGUCCUGGGCACUGACCCAGCAGGGAUAGGUGGGGGCAGACCACAUGCCCAGAACAAAGACAUCCCCCCCCCCACCCGCUCCCCACCACUCCUCUGUCCCUGAGGCCUGGCUUCCCGGGAACUGAGCUGGGAGUGAGCCUGCACUCCCAGCCCUUCCAGCCACCCAAGUGUCUGCAGGUGAUCAGAGAUGACUUUCCCAAAGUCGAUUCCCUGGUGGUGGGAGAGGACCUGUCUGAGGAUGGAUGCCACCAGCACACAGGGUGCCUUAUCUAAUCUGGCUCUACACCCCAAAGCUGUGCCCCAGUGUGUGAGCACUGGCCACACGUGCACAACUUGGGGUAAAGGUGGCAGGUUCAGCAGGUUCUUGGAGGGUCCUGGGUGCACGGAAGGGGCAGCGGCCUUGUGCCAGUGUGCCCAGGGCAGGUGCAAAGUUCAGCCUAGCUGACCCCAGGCUUAACAGGUCGCCGCCCUCCACCAAUCUGGGCCUGCUGCAGAGAGCAGAGCCGCCCCAUGUCUCCGGGAGAGGGGCAUCCGGCUGCGGGGCGAGGUAGGGCAGACCACUCCGGAAGAUGCCCCCCUACCGCCAAGCCCACCCACGCGCCGGGAUCGUGAGCGCUGUUCCCUGCCCGCAGGGGUCGCGGCAGGGAUGUCACAGAGGCGGCGACGUCACAGACGCCGGCGCCCCCGGUGUCUCCACCGCCCUCCACAGCCCGCCACCAAAGAGCGCACUGCAGGCAGAGGGGCAGCAGCCACCAGCCCGCUCCCCGCCUCCCAGACAGACUCCCCUGCCCUCACCUCCUUCUCCCUGCCAGGUGCCAAUGGAUUUCCCUGCUGUGACAAGGAGUCGGUGGACAUUGUGGACACACUGGGUGGCAUAAACCAAAACCAGUUCCAACCAAUGCAAGAGGAAGAUGACAUGGAGCUGGAGAAAGAAUUGCUAGAGCUGGAGCCCCCAGACAAAGAGGUCCUGCGCCUAGACCCAGAACUGGAGCCGGAACGGAAGCCCAAGGCUUUCCCGCAGCCAGAGAUGCGCCCGGUUGUCACGGUCAAGCCCAAGGCCAAGCUGGACACGGAUCCCAAGCUGAAGGUGGUUAACUUGGGACCCUUCAUUGAAGACCCCGAGCCACAGGGGUAUAAGACAGAGUCACUCCAGCCCUACGUGGAAGGGCUAAUGCAGCACGACAUCAGCCGAUCGAGUAUGAGGUCAAACUCCAGCUACCUGAGUACCACAGGGGAGGACCCGGCGUCCACCGACCACCACUCCAUCCGCGCGCAGACCUCCGAACACCUCUUAUGGGCAGACAAGUUACUCCAGGCCUCAGAACACAGCCUGCAACAGGUGAUCAGCACGCAGCCCCUCAAGGAGAGCACGACAGAGACCGCCUGCCACCCAGACCAGCCGUCGGCCCCCAAGGACACUGUGUGCUCCAAGAAGCAGAGCCAGGCCCCCAGGGCCCAGCCAGAUCUUCCAGACAAAGUCUCCCAGCAGCCUCCAAGCCCCCAGCCGUCCCCCACCCCACAAACCAUCGGCCUGGCAGAGCUGAUCAACUUCUCAUCUUCCCUGGCCAUGGCCUCCUCCAGCAGGAUGGACUUGCCCAGCUUGGGGCAUGCGAUCAAAGCCCCACUCCAGAGGGCCAUGACGCCUUCCACAAAGCCCACUGCAGAUCACACUGCCCAGCCCACCGUGGACCACCCAGAGCGGGAGAACCUCACUGAGGAGGUGCUAGAGAAGCCACCAGGGGAACCGCUAGAAGCCAGGGAGCUGCAGGAUGCUUCAAAGCAGGAAGACAAGCACUUCCCUCACCCUUACCUUGACUUCAUCAAGCCAGGGUUCAAGAGGGCCGCCGUUAAAGGGGAAGUGAAGUUUCUCCAGCCCCCAAACGUGUCCCCUCAGCCACGAGGAGCUGGGAAAGAUUCGGGAUGGAGCCCAUUAUUGCUGAAAAUCCAUUUUAAGCUGUCGUCCCCGACUUCCCCAGAGAAGACUAGACAAAACCAGUAAAGCCUACAGUGCUGGCCCCCGGCUCAGACUUUUUGUGCAAAUGCUCCUGGACCAGGGAACUCCUCUGGCUGCGGCAUCCUGGUCUCGAUUUUUUUAGGGAUGCCACCCCACUGUAGCUACCCCAGCAGCGCCUGCCCCCUGAGGGCUCUGCCAGCCCUGUUUUGUGCCUGCUCGCUCCCCAUGGGUGGUCCCACUUCCCCUGCACCCAGCUGGACCUCCCGGACAGCAGCAGACUCGUGACUAGGGGAGGCCUCAGUGGUGCCCUUUCUGAGGCUUCUGUUUCUUAGAUGUAAAAGGGGGCAUGUUGGGAUCACCUGAGGCGAGAGCCUGCUGGGGGUGGGGCUGGGCAGGUGAGAAGGCUUCUGGAAGGAGUUCUUCCUGCUUCUCUCCAUGGGGAAGGCCUGGCAUGGGAAAGGGGUGGUGGCCAGGGCUUGAAGGAGGGCAAGAAUGAAGCUAAAGGAUGGGUCCUCCAGGGGCCACCGCCUUGAGUCUGAGGUACCUUCAGCAUAGGGGAGAGCCCAUGUGUAAUGAUGCACUUCUGCAUGCAACACACACACACACACACACACACACACACACACAGACCAGCAGCUGACCAGCAUGUUACACAUACAGAUAUUCACAUAACAAAGCCACAUGCAGACCGAGGAAGCAUGUUCCACACAUGCAGUGCACACAGGCACACACAAACACAGUACCUGUGACCCAGACACAUGCACACAAACACACAAGCCUCCCCACAGUGGGGGAGGACAGGCAAUGUGGAGAAGCUUCUGGAAGAGGAGAUGGCAGCAAAGGAGGGAAGAGAACUUGGAGUGCAGGGAUGGGCAUGCGCAGGAAGAGGGACGUUGGGCAGGAAGAGACGGGGAGACAGCACCGAGGCUUGGGACUUGGUGAGCCUUGAGACCUACUCUGGGCCAAGGCUUCCCGUGCAGUGAAAUCUCCACCUUGCAGAUCCUCAGAAUCCUGCCCCACCUUGAGACGGGGCUGAGGAGGGAGGUGCCCAGGGCCUGGGAGAAUGGGAUUAGGAAGGGGCGAGCAGUUACGAAUGGGCCAGGGCCAGAGAAGGGGGCAGGAGGCUGGAAGGAAGGAUGAAGAAGAGACCCAGAGGUGAGUGUCUGGGGAGGGGCUGGGCCAGAACGGUCAUCUGGCUUUUGGGAUGCAUCUUCCCAGAGUAUUUUGUUAAUGUGGUUUGUGGGUUUGCAUCGUUUGGAGGAAGGGCUCCUUCCCUCCCCGGGGGUCCUGGGGUAAGGUGGGCCACAGCCCCAACUU